GAGCCUGUUUUGCUCGUGGCUCUGAGAAACGCUGCCAGCCCCACGCAUUGUCUGCGGCUCCAUAGCAACCCCGGCCCGGCGCGGCCGGGCCCCGCACCUGUCCUCGGGCAGCCGGGAAGGCCUCCCCCGGGCCGCGCUCCGAGCCAUGCGCCAGAAGCGGCUGACCACAGAACCUCCAGAUAUAACGGAAGAUGUUUUUGAAGAUUAUUUAACGACAGACGAUAUGCUCGUGGACUACUUCAAUGAAUUCUUGAGUCUUCCAACCUUUGCACAGCCAGUUAAAUUUAAUCCUGAUUUUGGGAUUUUUGAAGUAAUUAAUGACACCCCUCUGCGCCUGGAAAGCCAGCUUAAAAAAAUACUGCAUGCUCAGAAACCUCCAAAUCCCAUUUACAAUGUUACAAGGAAGGCAAAGAAUGAUGGGCAGUUCUCCAAAAAGAGUAGUGCUUCUUCAGACCCAAAUAUUAACCCAAAUUACAGGAUUAUGUGCCUUGAUCGAGAGCAGGGAAUUCAUUGGAUUAAGAAAGAAAGACUUCCAGCAUUUCUAGAAAGUGAUUGUUACUUUGAAUACAGGUUAGCUAAACUGAUAUCGCAAGUAGAAUGGAGCAGUACUGGUAUUAACUUCAUUAUAGAUACAGCAUAUUAUCCCUGGAUUGUGAAAAGAGAACCAACUCCUCCUCUCCCUGAGGAAGAUGAAGAUGAAUUAAUUAUGAGAAAAUUUUGUGUCUCACUUGGCCAGGCUACAGUUACUCAGACAAAGGACUGGUUUGCACUAGCAAAACAAAGCCAGCAUGUAACACCUACAGAUUCAGUUACUUGCCCUUUAGUUUCUUCUCAAAUUCAAGGUGCAGAGCACUGGUCUACAAACUAUCAGAGAACUGCUUCAUUCACUGAGAACGUUGGCCACCCAGAUUCCAUUUCUGGUCAUGGUGCACGCAGCCUUUUUGCUCAGCUGAACAGGACUAACUUACACAGUGAUAGUAGUAGCAGUUUAGGAGCGGAUUCCCUGGGUGAUGAAUAUGUACAAAAGAGUCUCUCCCUCCCUCGGAGGAUGACAGCUGUAAAAGUUAGCAAUGUGAGUGGGAGAUCCACAAAUAAAAAGGAGGAAUCUUCUGUGUCCAUUGCUGAAACGCCUUCUUGUACUCAGUUAAGAGUGUAUCUAGACCAGAAAUGGGAGAGUGAAACAGAGAAAGAAAGUAGUCAGGAAACAGCAAUUUUUCAAACACUGGAAGAGUUUACAUCAGCUUAUAUUCAAUAUAUAGUGAGGGAAUCGGUCUCCAAGCUGACUGGACAACCAGCUGCUAAGAGCAAGAGCAACGUGAACUUCAGUAAAUUGUCUAAAGUCUUUAUAUAUGAGGUAGCAAAUAAAAAACUUUCUGUUGCUGACGGAGAACAACUGUCUUCCCAAAUUAUCACUCCAUUCAAAGAGUUGGACCCCAGUGGAGAUGAAAUAAAAUGGCGGAGUGAAGAAGUUAGUUUAAGUUCAAGUUCUGAAACUGAUGGCACAGACAUUAGGGCUGCCUGGUGUAUUAGUCACCGAACUUACGAUAUUGGCAACAGAAAUGAAUUUGAAAGAUUCAAGAAGUUCAUUAAAGGAACUUUGGGGGAGAGGUACUGGUGGCUCUGGAUGGACAUUGAAAGACUGAAGGUCCUUAAGGACACCAGAAGGCAGCAAAGACAGCUUGAUAAAAUGAAAAAAAUCUAUCUAGUGAGCAGUGGAGAUUACUUCCUUAAUUCACAAGUCUUGUUCAGACUGGAUCUACUCCAUGGAGAUCAGUGGAAUAUAAGGCAUUUAAGAGGGAUUCAGCCAGAAGUAGUGAAACCUUUACUUCUUUACUGGGGCCCUAGAUUUUGUGUCACUCAUUCAUCUGAAAUACAAAGUGCCUGUGCAAAGCUGAAGCUGUGGCACAUGUGUCAAGAGAGACCAAGGAUGGAUAUUGAUCCUUUCCCACAAAUGGUGACAUUGUUGCCACUAAGAGCCAAAUCUUGCAUGCCAAGAAUAGCAUCUUCCCAUCCUCAGAGAAGUAAAACCAGCUCACCCCUAUUAUUAAAACCUAUGAUGGAUUUAUCUUCCAAGAGACCUAUAAGGUUAUUGUCAGCUACUUUGCCACUGAGCCAUAGCACUGCAAGUGAUGAUUCCAGUAGUUCCACUACUAAAUAUGAUAUUGAUGGAAGGCGGCCAAAAUCGGUGACUGACAUGAUUCAAGGAUCUGAUUUUACCCAUAAUAGUGAAGAUGUCAAGCUUCCAGGAGAUAGAAAAUAUACAUAUGCUGAGGUGCUUCCAGGUAAAAGACCCACAGAUAGCAUGGUCCUAGGGGGAUUUAAAAUGGAAAGCAUGCUGCAGUCACUUUAUGUGGAGAACAAAGCAGGCUACUUCUUCACACGCUUCUGUGAGAAGUCAGGGAAUAAGCUGUGGAAGAACAGUACGUACUUUUGGUUUGACCUACAGACUUAUCAUCAACAUUUCUACCAAGAAACCCUUCAUCCCUUUAAAAUAUGCAAGCAAGCUCAAUUUCUUUAUGCUACUUACAUUGCUCCUUCUGCCAGUAUGGGCAUUGGACUACAGCAAAAUAAGAAAUAUGAGAUCUAUCAGAAAAUGGAACCACCUUUUGAGGAUCUUUUUGACUCAGCAGAAGAAUAUAUCCUCACUCUUCUGCUGGAACCAUGGAUGAAGAUGGUGGAAGCAGAUAAAUGCAUUUAUAAAGAGGUGGAGCUGGUGGAAGAAACUCGACAGCUGGAUUCAGUGUACUUUAGAAAGUUGCAGGCUUUGCAUCAAGAGAGUGUUUCCAAGAAGGAUGAGGGUGCUGUUCCUGAAGCCAGUCUUUUACCGGGUCCUGACAUUCUCAAAGAAGAGCAGCUUUUGAGCCAAGUCCCUGAUGAGUGCACGGGUUCUACCCUUCGUGACCUGCUCCGCAAUAAACUGAAGUUGGAACAGUUCCGCCUCUUCCUUGAAGAACACUUUGCAAUUAUGGAUCUUUUGUGCUGGAUAGAUAUUGAACAGUUCAGAAGGAUGCUCCACAAGGAAAAAGGAAAGCGAGAGGAAAAAUCUAAAGAUAUUAAAAAUAAGUACUUAAAUAAAAAAUACUUCUUUGGACCCAAUAGUCCAGCUACAAGAGAACAACAAGAGCAGCUAAUGCAGUUAGGUGGAGGCUGGGGACAGAUUCUUCAUGAUCAAGUUUCCUCACCGGUUCUCCUUGAAAUUCAGAAAUAUGUCCAGAUGAGGCUAGAAAAAAAAUGGCUGCCAUUGUUCCUGUCAAAUGAACAAGCUGGGACCUACAAAAAAACAAAGAUACGGGACAUAGCUGAAGAUCUCCUAAUCCAGAGAAAUGAGAAGAGGAAUGGGGCCUGGAAGCAUGUGGACAAUAAGUGGGUUUCUUCAUCUCGGGAAAUAAUUACUUUUCGUAAAGCGCUGUUGAAUCCAGUAACAGCAUUUCAGUUUCAGCGCUUUGUGUCUUUGAAAGGAGACUUACUGGGGAAUGGAGUGCUCUUCUGGCAAGAGGUUCAGAAAUACAAGGACAUGUGCCAUUCUCACUGUGAUGAUGUUACCAUCCAGAAUAAGAUCACGGCUAUCAUCAACUGCUUUAUUAAUUCCACCAUCCCUCCAGCUCUACAAAUUGACAUUCCAGUUGAGCAAGCUCAAAAGAUUGUAGAGCACAGGAGAGAACUUGGGCCUUAUGUGUUCAGAGAGGCACAGAUGACUAUUUUUGCUCUUCUGUUUAAAUUUUGGCCAAAAUUCUGUGAGUUUCGAAGCAAUUUGGCUGAUGAAAAAAUUUUGCCUGUGUUGGAGAGGAAAAAGGAAAAGAAAGUGGAAAAAGGGAAAAGAAAAUCAGCAGAAGAACGACUCACCAAGACCCAGCAAGGGAAAAAGGUUGUCAGUAUAGCAAGCAGUGUGUCUGGAGAAGAAUGGGGUGUGGGCAGAAGAACACCUUCAUCUGCAUCUACAUCAGCAUCUGCACGGCAGGUUUCCUGGUCUUAUUCCAAGUACAUAGAAGCCCUUGAGCAAGAGCGAGUACUCCUUAAAAUGCAAGAAGAUCUGGAGAGAAAGACAUCAUCAUUUUUCACAGCUGCCUCAUCAAUGUCAUUUAUGAAGCCGAACCACCAAGCAAGCUCAGAAAAAACUUCCAUUUCGCCAUCCUCUAGUUUGAUUUUGGAGAAACGGUCAAAUAUUUCCAAAGACACAGAAAGAGGAUUUAAAACCUAUGUGAAGGAUGGAACGCAGAGACAAUGAAUUAUGGUGGCCUUAGGGCGAGUUAGAAGUUGAAGUAAAUCACGUGCAGCUUGGUUUGCGGUCAGAUUUUCAGAACAUAGAUAAUCCACCUACAAGGGUCAACAGAUGGUAGAGUCACCGG